GUGGUGGGUUAGUUGUUUUGUUGUUAGUACCAUUAUUAAUAUUAUUAUUAUAACUUUGUUACUUAUUAUAAAUUGCAAACUACGAAGAGCAACAGAAGACGGUAACAAGAGACAGCAGGAGCUGCUGUGAAAUAAGACCACACACAACUUGGUCACUUACGAAAAUUUCUCAGACACACAUAUUUCCCCUUGUUGGGGAAACAUCAACACUAUUGUGAUUUAAGUUUUUUUUUCACACUUGCCAUACUUUUAUUUAAUAAUACAUCAUCAUGUUUAAGUUAAUACUGUUAGCGUCAGUGCUGACCGCGAUAUUGGCGAAACCAGAACCACCCGUAAAUUCGUAUUUACCACCGGGAGGAUCUCGAGGUGGUGGUUUUGGUGGUAGUAGCAAUGGAGACAGACCUUUGGACAGUUUUAGACCACCGCCAAUUGAUGGCAAUGGAGCUGGUGGACGACCAUCGAGCUCUUACGGUCCUCCGGGUGGACAAGGUGGUCAAGGAGGACAAAAUAGUGGUGGUGGUGGUUUUGGAAAUCAGGGAAAUUCAGGAGGAAGGCCCUCAAGUAAUUAUGGACCACCAGGUGCUCAGGGAGGAAAUGGUUUUGGAGGACAAGGUGGUCAGGGAGGACAAAAUGGUAAUGGUUUUGGAAAUCAGGGCAGUUCAGGGGGAAGACCUUCAAGUAAUUAUGGACCUCCAGGUGCUCAGGGAGGGAAUGGUUUCGGGGGACAAGGCGGUCAAGGGAGACAAAAUGGUAAUGGUUUUGGCAAUCAGGGGGGUUCAGGUGGAAGACCUUCGAGUAAUUAUGGACCUCCAGGAGCUUCUCAAGGAGGUAAUGGUUUCGGUGGACAAGGAAGUCAAGGAGGGCAAAAUGGUGGUGGUUUUGGAAAUCAGGGUAGUUCGGGAGGAAGACCUUCAAGUAAUUAUGGGCCUCCAGGUGCUCAGGGAGGGAAUGGUUUCGGGGGACAAGGCGGCCAAGGAGGACAAAAUGGUGGUGGUUUUGGAAAUCAGGGUGGUUCAGGGGGAAGACCUUCAAGUAAUUAUGGACCUCCAGGUGCUCAAGGAGGGAAUGGUUUUGGUGGACAAGGAAGUCAAGGAGGACAAAAUGGUGGUGGUAGUGGUGGCUUUGGAAAUCAAGGGGGUUCAGGGGGAAGACCGUCAAGUAAUUAUGGACCACCGGGUGCUCAGGGAGGUAACGGUUUUGGAGGACAAGGUGGUCAGGGAGGACAAAAUGGUGGUGGUUUUGGAAAUCAAGGAAAUUCAGGAGGAAGGCCCUCAAGUAAUUAUGGGCCGCCAGGUGCUCAGGGAGGUAACGGUUUUGGUGGACAAGGUGGUCAAGGUGGUCAAGGGGGAGGAAGUGGUCGUCCAUCCGAUUCAUAUGGAUCUCCAGGGGGUGGUGUGUCUGAUAGUUACGCCCCUCCUGCUUCUGGUGUUCAAACAGGAUCUGGAGGACAAAAUGGUGGGGGUUAUGGCACUGGAAAUGGCAACGGUAACGGUGGAUCUAAUGAUGAAGAAAGCAAUGAACCAGCUAAAUAUGAUUUUACAUACGAAGUUAAAGAUCCUCAAUCAGGAGUUGAUUUUGGUCAGACAGAAAGCCGAGAUGGUGAUCGAGCACAAGGUAUGUUUAACGUGCUCUUACCAGAUGGGAGAAAACAAAUUGUUGAAUAUGAAGCUGAUCAAGAUGGUUUCAAACCACAAAUAAGAUAUGAAGGUGAAGCCAAUACCGAUGCUGGCGCAAAUGGCGCUGGUGGAGCUGGUAGUAAUAAUGGAUAUCCCUCUGGCGGUCCGAGUGGACCAGGAGGUAACAAUGGAGGUUAUCCUUCUGGUGGGCCAGGUGGAAACAAUGGAGGUUAUCCUUCUGGAGGACAAGGAGGAAAUGAUGGUGGUUACCCAUCAGGUGGGCCAGGAGGCAAUAAUGGAGGUUAUCCAUCAGGUGGGCCAGGAGGCAAUAGUGGAGGUUAUCCAUCAGGUGGGCCAGGAGGCAACAGUGGAGGUUACCCAUCAGGUGGACCGGGAGGCAACAGUGGAGGUUAUCCAUCAGGUGGACCAGGAGGCAACAGUGGAGGUAGACAAACAGGAAAUGAUGGUGGUUAUCCGUCAGGUGGACCAAAUGGGAAUAACGGAGGUGGAAAUGGAGGAUAUCCUUCUGGUGGACCAAAUAGAAAUGAUGGAAACAAUGGUUACCCAUCCGGUAGUCCAAAUAGUUUUGGUGAUAAUGGUAAUAAUAGAAACGGUGGAGGUGGGUAUCCUUCUGGUGGCCCUGGAGGUAACAACGAAAGCGGAUAUCCAUCAAACCGUCCUAAUGGUGGUGGUGGUGGUGGUCCUGUAGGAUCAUCCGGUGGAAGUGGAAAUGAAGGCUAUCCUUCUGGUAGACCCAGCGGCAACGGUAGUAAUGGCAGUAGUGGUAGAGGAUUUGCAAGUGGAGGCGGAGGCGGAGGUGGCGGUGGAGGUGGGGGCUACCCCUCGGGGAGUGGUGGAGAUGCCGCAGCAAAUGGUGGAUAUCAAUAUUGAUCUUCCUGAUAAUUUGAUACUCAAAGUGUACUUCUGAAAUGGUGAGAUAAAAUGGGACACGAUAUCCGAUCUCCGCAUGUAAUCUAGACUUAAACUACUCGUUUUCUCAAGGUAACUUUGUGGAGUUGAGUUUCCAGAUCUUCGAUAAGUUCAACAUCUCUUUUAUUUUUAUUUUUUUUCUUAGCCAAUUAACUUGCUCUGUUUUUGACUAAAAUUAUUAUUUUUUUUUUUUUUCUAUAAUGACAAUUAUUAUUAUUUUAUCGUUUGUAAUGUAGAACAGUGGUAAUUUGUAAAUUGAAGAUAUUUUUACAGUGACUGUUGAACGAAUUGAGAUCCAUGAUAUUUAAAUAUAAUCUGCAAAUAAACAAGCAGAUACUUGACAAUCCCUAGAUAAAUCGUUUCCGCUUGGUGUAAUACCUUGUUAUAAUACUCAGUAUUUUUAUAUCCUAUUUUAUAUAUCUUUUAAGUGUAUUAUUUAAUAGAAAACGAAUUAUAGUCGCGUAUAUUAUAUAUACUAAAAAAAAACAUAAUA